AUGAUGGGAGGUGAACUUCCCGAUCUGAAGAUUUUUAGAAUUCAAGAAAACUAUUAAGAGACUAAUGUUAUUGAAUUUAUGGGAUAUAUUAGAUUUAUUCUUAUUAGAGAUUAAUAAAAAUUACUUCUAUUAAGCAAUUUAUAAGAAUAAUAAUAAGAAAAUAAUGACAGUAAAUUUUACAAGCCUAAAAAAACUCCGCCUAUUUCUAUACAAAAUGAAAUCGAUAUGUGGAAUAAAAUAAAUUAAGUUUGUUAGAAUUAAAUGUAAUUAUAUAAGACUAAUAUUGAAGAAGAUAAUUAAUUACUUUAAGACAAUAAUCUAACUUUAAAUUAAAGAAAUUGUGUUUUAUUGAGAUUAGGAGAAAAAGAUAUUUUGAGAUUUUACAUAGAAAUGUCAUAGAAAAUGAUUACAUUAUUAAAAUUAAAUAGAAAAGAAAUUAAAAAAGUUUAUAUCUAAGGUUAAUACAUUAAAUACAACUCUUACAUAAAUAAAGUUAUUAUUUAAACACUUCUAUAAGUAAAUAACGAAUGA